AUGGAGAUGGAAGCAGCUGGGGAAGACACUCAAUUCGGAGCUUCCACGAGCGAUCCGACGACGACGAUGAUCAGAGGCAAGCGGACCAAACGCCACCGUUCCGCCUCUCCACCUCCGCUGAAAUCCUCCACCUCCACCACCACGUCCAGCAAUUCCGGCAUCGGAGGCGGAGUGAGUCAGAGAUCGGCGUCCUACGCCGCCGCCACGACGACGACGACCUCUUCCGGCAGCGCCGCGCUAUACGAGAGCAGCACCGAAGAGGAAGAGGACAUGGCGAAUUGCCUGAUUCUCUUGGCUCAGGGCCGCCGCCGCCACGUGGCCGCGCCGCCUCCGGAGCGGAAGACGAUCGGGUCCAGGAGAUUCUCCGACAUCGCGACCACGACGAACCGGGCCGGCUUCUUCGUCUACGAGUGCAAGACUUGUAACCGCAGCUUUCCUUCCUUCCAGGCGUUGGGCGGCCACCGGGCCAGCCACAAAAGGCCCAGGCCCGCUCCGGGCCCACUCGCGACGGAGGACAAGAACGUAAUUGCAGCCGGUUCGAUUCCAGCCUGUCAGGUUGAGAUAAGCAGCAGCACCGCCGUGGUGGUGGCGGUUGCGGCGGAGCUUCGUCAUCAAAAUCCAGCGAUUCAAUCGGCUGCCGACAGCGACAAGACGGCCGCCGCCGCGACGACGGCGGGAAUUAAGUCGGCGAAAGUUCACGAGUGCGCGAUUUGCGGGGCGGAGUUCGCGUCCGGCCAAGCUCUCGGCGGGCACAUGAGGAGGCACAGAGCGAGCAACGCCGGCAACCAGGCGGCGACCGCGAACGCGGCGGCAACGGUUAAUUGCGAUGGUGAUCUGAAUAGCGAGCAGAGGAAUCCUGCGUUGUCGCUGGAUCUGAAUCUACCGGCGCCGGAAGAUCUCGACGCCCACCAACACCACCGCGGGGAUCCGUCUCCGUCUUCGUCGAAGUUCCAGUUCGCAUCGAAGGCGGCGAUGGUGUUCUCAGCUCCGGCGUUGGUCGGGUGCCACUAUUGA